CGCAUACAGUCAGUAGGAAAGAGACAGUCAACUCUGUCUGGUCUGUAGCGUGCCCACGUCAUGACGCAAACAUCGUAUCCCAGCAUGCAACAGGAGGCCAAGAGAGAUCCAGCACCUCGGAGUGAGCUGUAGGAGCCCCUUGUCAUACAGGAACAAACGGUCAAAACUGCUCACACAUUUCCAGCUACAUGUGAGAUAAAGCGAACCUUUUAGCUUACAUGCUCCAGAAAACAUGUUGUUCGUAUGCCUGUCGUGUUCGUUAAGCAGGUUUUAAGUCAUAAUUGUCAUCCGGCUUUCAUUUUGGAGGAUUCCUCCCUCCAUCAUCCGGAUCGCAUCAAACAGGCGAUGACAACGGUAUCGACAACCCCGCAGCAGAUAAGGGACCGGCUGCUACAGGCCAUCGACAGUCAGAGCAAUAUUUGCAACAUGGUGAUUGUGUUGGAAGUAAUUGCCUGUCUAGAGAAAUAUCCUAUCACCAAAGAAGCACUUGAGGAAACACGACUUGGGAAACUGAUUAAUGAUAUUAGAAAGAAGACUAAGGAUGAAGAUCUUGCAAAGCGUGCAAAGAAACUGCUGAAAAACUGGCAAAAACUGAUUGAACCUGGGCCAGUUGUAACACCCGGCGUCACUGGGUCGACAAAUGGCAGUUCUCAUCUCUGCCGAACCGACCCCUCUCCUCCAGAUGCUUCUGUACUGGGCAAAGGAUUGACGGAUGUUAGGAUGAGAAACUAUGUUCACAACACGUAUUCACCUAAGGCUGAGAAAUCGAGCAAGCGCAAGGUGGAGCAGAGAGACAGCAGAAUGCACCUGACAGAAAACCUCUCAAAGACGUCUACAUAUGAUAAUUCUGUCUCCCCACUACCCACCAACGGGAUUGCUGCCAGCCCAAGAACUCAGUUUGACCAAGAUGGCACAGCGUCUCCAAGUAAAUCUCGAGUAGAUCACCUUGAUGACGACAAAGUGAACAGAAUUUCAUCUAAUUCUGACAGGCCUUGUCCCAACUCUCCUGGGGGGAGCAAACUACCCAGCACUUCAUCUUUGAUCAAAGUUGCAGUGAUCCAGCAGCAGGCUAGGCUGGAAGAAGAAGGAGGGAGUUAUAAUCAAGCCAAGAGUCCUCGCAGUGUCACUUCCAGUCCGCGGAGCCAGAAGCAUGACUCUUUACCAAAGCGCUCCUUACCGUUCGCAAUGAAAGGAACGCCAAUCCCAAGUCCUUCUUCCAGAGACUCUCCCGUAUCUUUUUCCCAGCCUUUGGCUUCUCCUGGUCAACCAUCUUUCGCCGAGAAGCUGUCCCAUUCAUCUCAUAGGCCGUCAUUACACACAACCAGUUUGUAUGAAGUUUCCUCUCUUUGCCCACCCCAAGAUACAUCUGGAACACUGGAUUCCCCAUCAGUCUCCCCUCUCCUCUGUCAACAGACUGCAGAAUCCCACAGAUCAAGACUGGAAGCAGGCUUUGUUGUGUCUGAUGAUACAGAUAGAAUAACAGCACCUAACUCUGAGCAUAAAAGGAGAAAGUACAAGUCCAGAGACUUCUCUGUUAACCUGGAUGGGCAGAAAGUGGAAGACACAACUAAGAGAGUGCGGUUAAAAGAACGCAGACUAACAUUUGACCCAGUCACAGGUCAGAUCAAACCUCUGGUGCAUAAAGCUCUUUCUCCAAUGGAGGUAUCCUCUAGUCCUGAUCCAGCAGAAUUUAGGCAGAGAACAGAAAGUUCUGUCCAACAGUCUGCGGCCACAACUCCAGGUCCUAGCCCUAACCCUUUUCUCCAGACUAACUGGAAGGAGCUGUCUAGAAAUGAAAUCAUUCAGUCUUACUUGAACUUUCAGAGCAACGUGCUCACCUCUUCAGGGGUUCACACCCCCAGUGCACACUUUUUUAUGUCAGAAUAUCUAAAAAGGGAAGAACAGGAGACCAAAGAAUCAAAGAAAAUGCAUGUUUUGCAGACGGACAGCUCCAAAGGGGAUUUACCAGGCGUGAGUCGGCAGUUGACGGAUAAGGACUUGAAGAGGAUACACUCACAACAGUGGCAUGGAGUGAAUGGUUGUUAUGAUACUAAUGGCACCUGGUUUGAUUGGACAGAAUGCAUAUCACUGGACCCUCAUGGGGAUGAAAACAAAUUGAACAUCCUGCCAUAUGUUUGCCUUGACUGAUGAGUGUGGAAAGGUUUUCUUUUUCAUUCCUUUCAUUAUCUCUCCAACAAUGAAGCAUAGUUUUAGAUUUUGUUGUUCACUGUGAGUUUGAAAAAGGAAAAAAAAGAGAGAGCAGGGUUGCUCAACUCCCCUCCCCAUGGCUCUACCUGUGAUUGAAAUGUUCAGAUGGAAAAAGGUUGAUUUUUGUGAUAUCAAGGGCUGUUUCUCUUAUAUUUUUUUUCACUUUGAAGGCCACAAAGAUGAAAAUAGCCAUGUCAGCUCUGCUGUCACCAUGAUAGAAAUCAUUUUCUUAAUGUGAAUUGUUGAUCAGAACUGUACCCUUGUUUCACUGGGAUCAAAUGAUUUUCAUUGACCCUUUCAUUUCUGGCUGGGGUUUGGCUGUCUUUUCCAGAUUAGCAUGUUUGUGCCUCAAGAAUUCUGAUGGAGUUCAUCUAGCAUAGACAGAGCUAAACAUGUCUGGAAUUAAAACAUUUGAACAUGUUUGGCAGUUGUGAUGUAUAAAAAGUAAAUUAUAUGUUCCUUUUUUAUAUGUUCAUCUAUUUAUUUUUGACCAAUUUAGUCAUGGAAUGUUUGUCGCAACAGUUCCUCAGAACUUCUUCUUGACCGCGUUGUCAGUCUCUUCUUCUUCAGCAGAGUGCACAUUUACAUGAUCUCCUUUAGAUUGGCCUUUUUUUUGGAAAAACAUUCCAGAGUCAAACUUUAUUUUUAUUUUAUUUUUUUGCCUUAUAAUACAGCUCAUAAAAGUUUUCUUUUUUAUUAGGACUCAGUUAUUCUCAACGUGAACCUAUUGUUUCUACAAAAAGGAAACCUUUGCCAUCCCUUUGACAUGCUGUUGAUGUCAAAACCAAUGAAUCUGAUCGGUUACAGCGUUGAAAUGAGAAGCAGUUAUAUGUUUGCAUGCUGAAACCGUUUAUGUUCCCAAAGAGAUGGUUUGCCUUAUGACAUUUUUUUGACUUUUUUUUUAGUUUAACAGCCUUAGUGAAUGUACAAGCAUUGUGACCUCUUUUGCACACUUGUACAUAAAAAGACAGCUUGUCAGUUAUUCAUCAUCUACUUGAUUCAAGUUUAAAUAGCAAUUUAUUCUCUAAGUUUUAAGGGAGCAUUACUUCUGCUUAUAUUAAUGUUGCUAAAAAAAAAGUUGCAAAAAUUAUAGAUUUCUUAUUCGACAAACAAGUCAUUUUUUAUUGGUUUCAGUUUUUCUUUUUGCUACUACUUUUCUCCUGAUUUAAGUUGAGAUGAGAUUUAGCCAAUCAUUCUUUUAUUCAUCCCUACCAAUGUGCCUUUAUUAAAGGUUAACUGGAUUUGCUUGUGCAUAAACUGUGCCUGUCCAGACCUGGGCUGCAAGAAUCCUAGAUUCCACGAUCUGUAUGACCUUGGUAUAUGCAUAUGCACCGCUUCCUGUAAGUUUUUGUAAACUCUGAUCUGGAAAAACAGACGAGGGUAAACUGCACAACAAGAGAGCUGGCAAUAAAAGGAUAAUUGCUUUCAACUAUUUAAGAAGCAGCUUUUCUGGGGUUUUGACAGAGCAUCCAGUUGUUCAGUGUUUACCAUCACUCAGUUGGUUGAAAAAUAAAAUGAUCUGAAUUCUCCA